UUUCAAAGAGAGCUUUAGACAAUGUGGGAUGAUUGAAUACCAGUUUGGGGAUGGUUGGUGAGCAAAAUCAAUUAAACAAUUGUAAGUUUUGUCAGGAAGCCAGGAAAGGGGUUGACUGUAACGAAUCACGAUCAAUAAUUAUCCAUACAACCUUUAACGUGUUUAUGAGUGACUCUAAACCCGGACCUCUAAACAUGCUAAAUCUAUGGGGCUUCAUCAGCAACUUAGUACGAUAACGUUAUUUUCAGAGCAUGAAUAGAGCCAUUAUAUAUCACAAACAUUUAUUUAUAAGCUCGAUCUCAGUGAAUAGCGAUUAUCAUGCCGAUAGCGAUCAAAGUACUGUUAACAUAACGCGAAAUGAAAUGAUUGUGUUUGCACGUUUCGUCAUCACCAAGACAGCACCAUAGCUUCAUUACUCCACUCGUUUUAUUUCUUCAUGGCAUGAUGUGACGUUUUUGGUGGAAAUAUCACUUAAAAGGAGUUUUAUUCAAUUAUCAAGUAAAUAACCAGUGGGGUAUUUUGACUAUAUUUUUGAGGAUUGCUUUGGAAUUUUUCUCAAGUUCGUGAAUUAUGGAGCAACUUUUAAACGAGGAGUGUGACUAAGGAUGUCUUAUUGUAGGCUGUAUGUCAACUCGUCCGUCUGACGAGCAGCUGUUUGUGUAUUUCUUGACAACAAUCUCGAAUUCAACGAUCAGAACAUGAUUUCCAUGUGCUGUAACUGCAUUCAAGAGAUUGGCGGUUUACUAAAUAAAGCUAAAUAUUAUAUAUUGUGAAUGACCCAUGUAGCUCCGACUGAUCAAUGUUGAAUAUCGCCAAGCAAGAACACCCUAAUUGACUAAACAGCGAAUCAAUUAUUGAAAUUUCUCCAUUUCCAUCAAGGAACAAAAUAAAUAUUAUUUCUUGGCCACCUCAGAGGUUGGCUUCAUUAAUGUUCGGAAUUUGACAAAUAGAAUCACACGGAUGGUUUGAUCAGACGUUUCUCUUUCGUGUUAUCCAGCUAUUCUAUUUUGUUUGAGGACGAAACAUAUAUAAUAUCCAUCAUGUCUGCAGAUGUUCAUAGCAACAGACUGGCCAGAUUGAAAACUCUUGCCAAGCUUGCCGGACCAGCGACGAGAAAUUACGAUGGCGGUCACAAGAUGUCUUCGCAAAAACGCAAGCGUGAAAAAGCCCAAGAGCAGCUGCGAACUCGAAUGCGACAACGAAUAAAUGGAAACGGUAAUUCAUCUACGCUGAUCCACAACAAACGAAGUAGUUCAGUCUUAGGAGGCAGUGGGGAUACCAGUCUCUCUCCUAGAAUGAAGCAUUCAUCGUCCAUGGAAGUUACCCCUAGGGAUCUGCAGGGAAAUAAUUUCUGGCGAACACAGCAGGACAGAUACAAUACCUUAACAGGGAUUCAGCCAACAGAAAUGAAUCAAGUGAAGACGAGCCCAAACCGAUCGGUACCACUACAGGAACUUGUAGACAAAGUCCUGCAUCGCAAGGAGCAAAACUUUGGUAUUGGAUCAAAAUUCUCUCCAAUGACUAUCAGGGCCUAUAAGCCACCAUGCGCCCCGUACGCAAUGCAACAAAGUCCACAUGUCAAAAAAAUCGUAAAAAUGAAACCUAUACAACGAAGUGACAGGGAUGACAAAGGUCCAUUUGUUCUUGUUCUACAUCGUAACGGUGGUGAUGAAACCCAAGGCCAACUACGAGGACGAAGGCGGGAUCGUUCUAAGAUCAAAGACGAUGUGAGGAAACGUGAUAUCUCUGACGAGGUAAAGCUGAACGCAACAGUCACAUCGAGUCAGAUCUUGCCGCCAUUGAGCGACAACAAGUCACCUUCUGAUCUCAAAACGUGGCGCCCUGCAUUAGAUGCAGUGCACCAGUCAAAGAUUCUUCCCGAGGCCGAGGACCGCUCAGUGACCAAUUACCGACUGCAAAUGCAACAUGCCAGUAAGUUGGCAGAAGCAAGGUUUGAGUUCCAACACCAGGGGCAGUCCAAUCAAACGGUAGAAGAAAUGACGAUGCAAACAUUGAAUCCUUUGCCACCGAUCCAAUCAGUCUACCCUGCAGAUGGUUCGGAAGGAGCAAAUAAUGACACCCCAGAAAUGGAAGCAAAAUCUAGCCAACCAAAACGAACUAAAAACGAACAGAAUCUCGAUCGGUCUUCAUCUAAAAGUGAAAUACUGAUCUUAAAGAAAGCGCAAAAGGAAGCUAAACGACAAAAACAAGUUGAAUCAGAGGAGUUCACAUUGUUGAGAACACGCAAGAGAUUCACAAAUAAGACAAAACAAUUUAAAAGUGAUCUCGAGAGAGCGCGACAGCUCUCUGCCAUUGCCGAAGAUCGUUCAUCGCUAAACAGUUCACGCUUACGGAACUCUUCAGAUAGACAGCUAAGUUUUUCUUCAUCAAGUUCAAAUUCGCUGAAUAGGAUACAUGAAGGAAGUGUUUCAAACUCCCCUAUGAUUCAAGACGAUCUUAGUCAAAGUAAUGUUGAUGAAAGUGCCUAUGGAAAAUUUAAAGGUAUAGAACAAAAUCUGUCAAUUGGCCUUGAACCAAAUAAUAAUACAAUACCCCUUGCCCCUCCAACAUCGCCGUCGGUUGAUCCUGAGAGCCAAUGGGACAAUAGCGUGAUUAUGAACGUUAAUGUUAUGACGAGUAACUUGAACGAAUCUAAUGAUUCACCGAGUAAAGUGAAUGGUCAAAAACUAUCAGAAGACACUGGAGAAAGAGCAGCCACCAGUUGUCAUGACGUUGUCUCACAUGAAACCAAGGUUGAAGACGAUAUGAUAUGGGUAGAAGGUGAUCUACCUUUCCAAGGAAGUACUGCUGAACACUUGGACACAACGACAGAAUACACAAGAUAACGAAUCGAUUCAUCCACAUAAGGACUGCAAAAGUAUUCUGCGCAAAACGCACGAGGAGGGGGGGGGGGGGUCAUUAUGUGCGAUGUGUACAAAAUGUAUUUAUAAAAAAAAACAUGUACCAUGACGAAGAGUUCAACCUAAACCUUGGCAGACGGUAGCUGAUGCAUUUCGCCGGAAAAAAAGUGUUUAAUCUGUGAAAUAGCCGGGCGAUAUCUAGUAGGCUUCUGCAUUCUGACAAAUGGUAGGCCUAUACCUUGUGCCUAAAUUUUUAGCCUCAUAUUUCCUGACCCCACCUUAGGAUGCCGCCAUGCAAUCUGGAGCUGACGUUUCCGUAAGAUAAUAACUAAGUGCUGUUAGAGUCCCUUAUCUUGUUUUUUUCUGGAAAUAAGCUGGCUUGAAAUUCAUAGUUUUCGCCAUUCCCAUGUGUAGAGGGAAGGGAGACAUAUUGUUUUUAUUUAUACAUACAUUUUAGCAAAAAUAAAACUCGUCUUCCUCAUUUUGUCGAUUCCAAUCUAGCAUUCAAAUGAUUUGAUAAAUCAUCACGUUUAUUUCUUUUAUUUGGUAUUGCACACAUAUUUUUAUAACUUUCAAUGGCAAUUAUUUUAGAGCUGUUAUCACAAUUCUUCAUUAAAAAGGGUUGUUGUCAUAUGCCUGUAAUUGUACACGAAUUUGUCACACUUAUACUCCAUUUGGAGAGUCAAACUUGACUAAAAAAUUACGUCAGCUUGGACUAGAACCAAUUAAUCAAUUUUAUUCUGGAUGAUGUGGUAUCGACUGCAAGUCGACUCAUUCGAAAUCAAACUGACACGGUAACGAAAAACUUUGACUCGGAUGUAUAGUUUGUUGCCCAACUUUACUCCUCAGAAAGAAGUAAAUUAACAGAUAUACACCAGGGGUCAAUCAUCUUGAAGAAUAAGGAUCUGACAAUUCUUUACGUUUGAGAAUAGCAAACCCACUUUAGAAAUAGGUCUAUAUUUGCAAUUUUACUGUCAUAACUUUUUUGCUAAAAAUAUUGUAAAGGGAAUCUAGCCCAGAACACUGGAACAUUACCUUCAACUUCAAAGUAUCGUGAGCCCUUAAUCAAAUAAGAUAUCACGAUUGUAGACAUAUUAGAUAAAUGAAAACAACCUCAACCACGUUUCAUGUAUUAAAAAAAUGUUGUGAUUCAACAGUA